ACAACGUUCAAGUCAACCAAAUAAAUCGAGAACUUUACCAUAUAUAUAUAUAUUUUAUUUGGGAUACAAUGAAGUGCAGAAUACCAUUUGUCGCACUGCUAUCAGUGCUCUCGCUAUCCAAUGCUGUCACUGUGGAUUAUUACCCUCAUGAACCUCAUGCACAUCCUGCACACGUGAAAUACAUCGAACCAGCACAUGUGAAACCAGUUAAAUAUUUUCAACCAGCUCCCUUGGCUCCAGUUUACAAGCAAAUUCCAGCUGCUCCAGUUAAAUACAUUCAGUCUGAACCACACCAUGUGAAAUACGUCGAAAAUCCACACUACGUGAAACAUGUUGAGAGUCCGCAUUAUGUCAAACACGUUGAAUACGACGAACCAGCUCAGUAUGAAUUUGGUUACGAUGUUCAUGAUCCAAAUACAGGCGAUGUUAAGAGCCAUACAGAGAAGAGAGACGGUAAUACCGUACAUGGUCGCUAUGAAGUUUUAGAUCCAGAUGGUUUCAAGCGAAUCGUCGAAUAUUCGGCCGAUGAACACAAUGGCUUCAACGCUGUUGUCCGCCGUGAGCCAACCGAUGUUAAGAUCAUAAAGAAGGUGUACGAACCCGAAUUGGUUAAGCAUGUUGUACCAGUGAAGUAUUUUACACCUCAGCCCGAAGCAAUUGUCGCCGCUCCACCAAAAUACGUAACGCCAGUGCAUCAGAAAAUUGUUGCACCCAUAGUUAAACAAUUCACCGCACCACAAUACCCAGUCCCACAAUACUAUGCACCACCUGAGCAUCCAAAAUUCUUUAAACCAAUUGAAAAAGUCACCAAAUUUGUGAAGCCAGCAUACGAAUACGAACCUCAUCAUUCGGCUGUGAAAUAUGUGACACCAGCAUCUCAUUACAAUCAUUAUUAGAUAGCUCACACUCACGCUCAAGCUCAUGAACACCAAGACUAUGAAUGAUUGCAAAAUAAAUCGCAACAGUAUUAUUCUCAUUUUUUUCGUAUUAUAUUUUUUAUGCUUAGCUGAUGAAAGUAAGAUAA